GCAAUAAAACAACGCAUAUUGACAUAAUUCAUAACCUAUUGACAUUGACAUUCGACAGGAAUCUGAAUUACAAAGCAAUUUUAUUACAAAGAGAAAGUUUUGUUUGUCAUGAUUAUUGGAAAACUUUGGAACAUUCGAGAUUAUUAUACUCAAUAUAUAUAACUAAGAUUUAUUUAAUUGUACUUUAAUUUUAAGUGAACAGUUAUAGUGGAAUCUGUUUUGUCAAUUUCUUUUUGAAGUUUUACAAUGGAAUUUCCUCAUCUAGGUAAACAUUGUUCAAAAUCAGAUUGUAAUAAAUUGGAUUUCCUUCCAAUUAAAUGUGACGCUUGUAAUAAAAUUUUCUGUAAUGAACAUUACAGUUAUGGUACCCAUAACUGUGCGAAUAUCCAUAAAAAGAAUAAUCAAGUUCCAGUAUGUCCACUUUGUAAUAGACCAAUUCCCGUUAGAAAAGGGGAACAUCCUGAUUAUGUAGUUGGUACUCACAUAGACAAUGAUUGCCAAUCGGAUCCUGCGAAAAAUAGAAGGAAAGUGUUUACAAAUAAAUGUUCAUUUUACAAAUGUAAAACAAAGGAACUUUUACCAGUUAUAUGUGAGGAUUGUUCAAAAAAUUUUUGUAUCAAGCACAGACAUCCUGCAGAUCAUGCUUGUGAGGGCAAAAAGUUGAAAUCAUCACCAUUUAGUACACAUUCACAAGAUGUAUAUAAUGAAGAUGAGGCACUUGCAAGGGCAUUAGCUCUGUCUAUACAAGAAAAUGUUCCACUUAGUAAAAGUAAACAAGAAGAAUUAGAUUUAGCACUGGCAAAGCAAUUACAAGCAUCAGAAGGAAGUGGAUCUAGUAGAAAUUCAGACCGUUGUAAUAUAUCUUGAAAUAUAGUGUUGAAUACAUUAAUUUGGAUUCAUUUUCACAUAUGUAUCAAAAUAAAUUUAUAUUUAAACACGAAAUAUUGGAAUUUGCAUGAGACUAAAGAAAGACUAAAACAAUCUGUUAUAUAAUUAUUAUUUGUUUAUUUAUAAUUUUUAAUACUACAUAAUUGAGAUUGUGCCUUAUGUAACAAGGAAUUAUUUAUUUUGCUCAAUUAUCAAGUAUAUGAGGAAAAAAAUGUUAAUAUCACCCUACAAAGUAAUUUGUGACCAAGAAAAAUAUUUUUUGUUGUAAAGUGAUUAUUCAAACUAAAAUUUACAUUGUUAUACACAAUAUUUGUAAUAAGUUGUUAAUUCACUAGCACUCGUAAGCAAAUAAAUAAAACGUCGUUUUAAUAA